AUGAGUUAUAGAAAUUCGAAUAAUUUUUCAUAUGACAAACAUUCUGAACAUCAAGAUCGAACAAGUUUAGGUAAACUACGUUCCAAAUAUUGGACAACAAAACAACUUGUAAUUAAAAAGCUUGGCCGAGAAGAAGACGAAUUUGUUAUUGCGUCGGAUGCUGAUGUUGAUGCUAAACUUGAAUUACUUUAUACCAUUAGACGAUCAUGCUAUGAUUUAAUUCGUAUUAUGGAACGGUAUCAAACAAAUGUUCUGUUUCUUUCUCAUGAAGAAACAGAUAUGGCUCGAUUUCUAAAAGAUUACGCACAAACGGAUAAAACACGUGCAGGAAAAAUGAUGGCAAGUGUAUCAAAAGUACUUGCUUAUACAGCUCAACAACGAUUAACUCUCCGACAGCCAUUAUUACGUUUACAUAAUGAAAUUGAAACAUUUCGUCUUCGCGCAGUCACAGAUACAUUAACAACAGUAAAACGUAUGGAAACAGCACGAACAGAAUAUCGUGGCAGUAUUUUAUGGCUGAAAGAUGCAUCAGCACAAGUUGAUCCAGAUAAACAAUUAGAAAAGUUUCGUCGAGUACAAAGUCAAGUGAAAGCAACGAAAAUUGACUAUGACAAAUUAAAAUCGGAUGUUAUACAAAAAAUCGAUUUACUUACAGCUAGCCGAUGUAAUAUGUAUUCACAUGUAUUAGCAGCUUAUCAAAAAAGUUUACUUAACUUUUGGGCUAAAACAUCAAAAAUAAUGUCGGCUGUUGCCGAAUCAUUUCAAGGCUAUCAAUAUUAUGAAUUUACUGUUAUUAAAGAUCUUGUCGAACCGAGUCGAUUAUUAGCUGAGAUGAAUUCGAGUGCAUUUUUGGAUAAGAAAAAACCAGAAGAUGAAAAAGAAGAAAAAGUGAAAAACAACGAAACAAAAACAGAUGAUGCACUUAUUGAUAUCGAUGAUUCAACCAAUAAUUCAAUAGAAAAAGCAUCGGCUGAUGUUACGUCGAAGAAAGAAAUUAUUGAUCUAACUGAACCAAUCAAUGCCUUAAUCGAUAUAUCCGAUGUUCAACUUGAUGAUCAGCUACUUGAAAUCGAAAAACUAACAACCAUUGAUCAAGCUGCAACAGCAGCAGCUGCUGCUAAUACGAAUGCAGAACCAAGUGCAUCCAAUAGUGGAGAUAAUCUUGUUGACUUAUUAGAUUCAUCUGUUGACCACGAUAAAUUAUUUUCCGAUUUACUUUCACCAUUAUCAUCUGAAAUUAAUAAUGAUAAUACCAAUACUGAUCUUCUUGGAUUAAAUCAAACUACUGGUUUUGAUGCUGAUUGGACAGCAGCGUUCGGUAAUCUCUCAACGAAUCAGCAAUAUUUUCCAACGUCUGCUACUCAAGAUAAUACUGGCGCAUCAAAUAACAAUUUUCUUCCAUCAUCUCUUCUCAGUGAAUUAUUAUCAUCAGCAAAUAGAACAAAUAAACCAGCGAUGACAUCAUCAACAGGUCCGAAACCAAAGCCAACGCAAGCAACAACAGGAAAAAAUACAGACAAAUCAAAUUGGUUUAAUUUAUUUGCUGAACUCGAUCCAAUUCAAAAUCCAGAUGCUAUCGGGAAAAAAGCUGGUGAUGAAAAUGAUCGUAGUUGUUAA